UUCGAGCUCUUAGAAACGAGUAAACUUUCGAAGAGAAGCGCUCUUUGCCAUCAUUUCGCAUCAAACAUUCGCACGUUCUAAAUUCGAUGCCAAGCCAGCAGCUACGUGCGAAGGCAUGUAAAAGUACGUGUGCUCUAUUAUGUAUCGGCUAAAGCGUCAUCGAGUAUCAGCGUAACCAAUCGAAGAAAUUCAAGUACAUGUCAGUUACUUUCGGUUGUUGAUAAAGCGUGCGCUCGUACGUUGCAGAAGGUGGUUUCCUAAGUCCUGAUUCCGAACGUGCCGAACGAUGGUCGACUACUACAAAGUGCUCGAAGUACAACGGAAUGUUUCCAGUGCUGAUAUAAAAAAGGCGUAUAGAAAAUUGGCAUUGAAAUGGCAUCCAGACAAGAAUCCCGAUAAUUUGGAAGAGGCAAAUAGAAGAUUCAAGGAAAUCUCGGAAGCUUAUGAAGUUUUGAGCGAUGAUGUGAAGAGACGCAUUUACGAUCAGCGCUUAUAUCAGAAGGCAGCAUCAAGGCCCGGCCGUGGAUUCACCUUCCGGAGUUUCUUUGAUUCUCCUUUCCAGCGAUAUUUCGAAAAAAAGAGGCGUGUUUACGAUCAAUAUGGCAAAGAAGGUCUUCAAAUGCCCGGAAGCAAAGGACGAGAUGACUUUGAUCCGCACUUUGCCGGCACGUUUGUUUUUAGAGAUCCCGAGGAAGUAUUUAGGGAAUUUUUCGACGGUAUGCCCUUUGAAGAUUUAUUUGCCGGUUUUCAUGGUUCUUCUCGGAGAGGCCCUACGGGGAGACAUGGUCACCCGGCUAGUAAUAGUCUGAGCACUUCCUUCUUUGGUCCCUUCGGAUUCGGCUUUCGUUUGCCGUUCGAUAAUCUAAUGGAGAAUACUGGAGCCGCCGGAGCAAACUUUACCUCUUUCAAUACUUUUACUAGUUUCGAUGGAGCGAGCGGUGGUGCUGCUGUGAAACGUACCAGUACCUCGACUCGUUUCAUCAACGGAAAGAAAAUUACGACCAAAAAAGUCUUUGAAAAUGGGAAAGAAACUAUAAUGUCUUACGAAAACGAUGUACUGAAAUCGAAGACGGUGAACGGCGUACCACAGUCAAUAACGUUCGACGAAGCAUCAACGAGUCGUCAAGUCUGUGAGAACAUCAAUGAUAACACGAUGGGUAGCCACAGCUCGAAUGCGAUCCACAGCGACUAUCUAAAAGCUAGCAGAAUAAAGACGCGUCAUCAUCCGCACAUGAGUAAGAAGCACGAUAGAAGUAAGAGGAAAUAGAUUGCUCUUGUCAAGUUCCUUAUAUAUGCAAAUCGACAAGUAUGCGCUCCUAAUGUACUCGAUUGAUGUAAUUUUUUUCAAAUUUUCAUUUUACAUAUACAUGUCACUAUUAUCCAUCAUCUACCAUCUAAUGAAAGUUUAAAAAACAAAAUAUUACCAAUUUAUAUAUCAAAUUAUUAUUACAUAAAAGGGGGAGAGAGAGAGAGAGAAAGAGAGAGAGGGAGAAAGAAUAUAAUAUCCUAUAAUGCAAUUGGUUUUUGACAUAUCCACGCGGUUCGGUUAUAAUAAAAUUCAUUUCAAAAGACAAGAUUUUUGUCAGCUUUUGGUUUCGAAAGCGAAGCGGCGCGCUAUCUGUUGUCGUUGAAUCAUUUAGUUUCGUAAAGCAAUGAGCUGUUCGAGUCGAGUUUGGGUACUCGUGAUAGCGUAUCGCUUACGCUGCUAAUCCAAACUUUACAAUUUGCAAGUAACAUCCAAGCCUUGUCCUCUAUCAAUAGCUGUAAAACGUAACCGAUGGCGUUCGCGCUAACUUAAAUCUCGAUUAAAUUAGAUAUCGCUAGGUUACAGAACUGACGCAAACUUAUAAUUUCUCAAACAAAAAUGUCUUGUACAUCUUUCGUAUCGGUUAAUAAUAGGUAUAAUUUAUUUUCGUUGCUGCGUAUUUUUAUUGUCGCGUUGGCUAUAGCGUUAUUUACCAAUUUAAGUUUUAGCUAAAUACAUACAGACACACGGCGAGAUAUAUCAUUGAAAGUGUGUUAGGAAAUUGUUUUCUUUGAUUAGUUAUUUCCAUAUGUGUAUAUAAUGAUAAGAAAAAAAUGUUAUAUGUAAAAAUACAUUAUUAAUAUACACUAAUGUCUUGAGUCGGUAUGAGUGAAACUUUAGUACGGGACUGAAACGCAAACGGCAAAAGUUAAAUUAUUGUUUGUUAAGAAGGGAAAAUGAUUGUGACCGAAAGAUAUAUGCCAGAAGUAAUUUUAUGCUGACUGUAAUAAAGUAGAUACAAGAUUUAUAAAUGAACGGAACAAAAAUGUGCACCCUAUACAAGUGCGUGUAGUUGCUGAACAAUACAAAAUUGAUAUCAUACUA